AUGGCGCCCCCGCCCGGCACGCCCGAGCCGCCGCGGCGCAGCUCCAUGCCGCUCCCCGGCCUCAACACGACGGCCUCGUCGCUGCGUGCGCGGCGCAGCAACACCUCGGCCGCCGCCGGCGCCGCCUCGCCCGCCGCCCUCUCCGCCGGCGGCUCGUCGCUGCGCCGCGUCGUCGGCACCCACAGCGCCAGCGACGACGACGACGACGACGAGGACGACGACGACGAAGAGGAGGAGGCGCAUGACACACUGGGCCAUCAGGCGCUCAUCGAUCUGCAGGCUGGCCUCAUCAUGCCCGGCGUCUCCGUCGCCGCGCGUCCCAACCCUGCCGCCGCCGCCGCGCGGCCGCCGCUGCUGCCCGGCGCGCCCGCGGCCUCGUCCGGCGGCUCGGCGGCGCUGGCGCGCGCACGGCAGCCGCUCAAUCCCAUCGCACGCAGGGCCGCCGGGCAGCAGGCGGCGCCGCUGCGGCCGGCCGGCGCCGCCGCGGCGCGCCCGCAGGCCUCGGCCAAGCCGCCGCCGCCGCAGAGCCGCUUCAAGGGCACGCCGGCGCGCAGCACGCGCUACUCGCUCCCCGUGCGCGCCGAGAAGCCGGUGCGCACGAGCAAGACGAGCGGCAAGCACGUGCUGCUGCCGAGCGAGAGCCAGCUGGCGCCGCUGCCGGGCGACGAGGAGGAGGAGGAGGAGGAGGAGGACGAGGAGAGCGAGAGCGAGAGUGCAGAGGACGACGUCGCGGCAGCUGCCAGCACGCCUUCGCCGACAAGACCCAUCCCCGUCGGCGUGCGGCCCGCUCCGAGUGCCGCAGCGCCCCGCGGCCCCGUCCACGCGCGCGCGCCGCCGCGCGUGCCCAAGGCCUCGGGCCCGGCGUACCACACCUUUGAGCGUCUGGCGCCGCAGUCGCGGCAGCACACGCCGCUGCCGCGCCUCACCUCGUACGCCAUUGGGCCCUCGAUCCACCUGCCCACGCUCGUCGGCUUUCUGCGGCGCGAGCACGGCGUGCGCCCGCGCCUGUACGACGAGUGCGCCUACGUCGUGUACUUCAAGCCCCUGCUGCCGGGCUUUGGACGCGCAGAGGUGCGCUCGGCGCCCGAGCCGCGAAGCGGCAGUCCGGGCGCCGAGAGUCGCAGGGAGCGAGAGCUGGAGGGCAUUGAGGAGAGCGGCUACGUCGGGAGCUACUUUGCCGCGAGCAAGGACGAGGAGGAGGACCCGCACGGCUACAUCCACGGCGGCGAGGGCCAGUCCGAGGGACAGCAGGGCAAGGAGGCCAGCACGACGGACCGCGAGCGCCGCGAGCUGAGCGAGCACAUUGCGCGCGUCUCGUCGCGGCCCACGUCGCCUCAGCCGAGCUCAAACGGCGCCGCUGCGACCGAGCUGGCGUCGAGUCCCGAGGGGCAUCGCCGCUUGAGCUCCGACGAGGAGGGCGCCACGACGCCGCGAGCACUGCAGCCGAUCCGCAUGCACGACGAGCCGGACGAGGAUGCGCUGGGCUCGCUCGAUGCCGCGAUGCUGGGCUCGUCGCUCGGCGCCGCGUCUGCGUCGAGCGAGGAGAUGGCGCCCUCCUCGUCGCGCGCCCGGCGCGGCAGCGGCGGCAUGCUCACCGACGACGAGCUGCUCUCGGCCGACGAGGCGGGCGCGCGCGACAUGCUCAUCCAGCAGUACGAGCUCGAGAAUGGCGGCAGCGACUUGGCGCAGGCGGCGCCGCCGGGCGGCGUCGAGGACGGCAGCAUCAUGCUUGAUGCGGCGUCGCCUCCCUCCGCUGCGCCUCGCAGCUGGGAGGAGAGCAGCGCGCCGGUGCCGCGCGGCGGCGGCGGCGGCACGCGGCGAGCACGCAAGGGCCGGCGCUCCACGGGGCCCAACAUGGCGUCGCACAACCACGACACAUCGGCCAACAUGCUGACGUCGCGCAGCAUCCUCGAGGCGAUGCAGCAGGCCGAGCUCAUCAUUCUGCCCUACGGCGUGCUGGUCAUGUACAACCUCAGCGCCGCCGACGAGCGCAGCAUCAUCCGCGACGUGCUCUCGUCGGGCUGCGUGCGCGGCGGCGCGCCGCUGGGCGAGGAGGAGGAGGAGACCGAGGCGUUCCACUACUGCUACGACCCCACCGUGCCGGCGCCGCGCAUCUUCAACGACUUUUUCACCUUCCGCGCGCCCAACCACCUCCUCAAGCUCAGCCUCGCCCACGCCAUUGCACAGAGCACCAAGCUCUCCGUGUUCGAGGAGAGCAUGCAGCGCACGCUGGAGCUCACGAGCCACAUUCCAAAGGAGCUCGCCUCGUCGGGCGAGCUGAAGCUCAAGCGGCGCGAGGCGCUGCGCCUCACGGGGCGCAUCUUCAAGCUGCGCGUCGAUGUGAAUCUCACGAGCAACCUCCUCGACACGCCCGAGCUCUUCUGGAGCGAGGCGAGCCUCAAGGCGCUGUACGACGCCAUCCGCGAGUACCUCGAGAUCGACGAGCGCGUCGAGAAUCUCAACGAGCGCCUCGCCGUGUGCAGUUCGCUGAGCGACUUGCUGCACGAGACGCUCUCGAAUGCCGCCAUGAGCAAGAUCACGUGGAUCAUCAUCAUCCUCAUCAUCGUCGCCUGUCUCGUCGCCUGCGGCGAGAUCAGUGCGCGCCUGCUGCUGCACGGCCGCGGCGCCAGCGCGCGCGCCUUGGUGCGGCAGGCGCGGCUGCUCGAGCGCGUGGCGCCGAGUGCGCCGCAGCUGCUGCUAGGAUGA